AGCUUAUACCUCCCACCUGUGUUGUGCAUUAUCUGCUUUGUUUACCUGAUUCAUAUUCGCAACGAAACCCAUUGAUUGUUAUUGUACUAGCCUUUCGAUGACCCGUCUCAGUUCGUGAUGAUAAUGUGAUCACAACAAUUGAAGGCAUCUGAGAGGUGUAGUCAUAUAUUGCGUAACUACUGGGUAAGUGACUCGUGCAGCUGCCUGGACGCCAGUCAAACAGAAGCUGCGACUGUAGGUAUGGUUGUAAGUCGCUUAAGUAGAUAGUAGUAAUUUAUUAUAUCAAAUUGAUGGUAAAAGCGCAAUAUUCAAGAAUGCCGUCGUUGUUUGAAUAAUGCCACAGCCGUCUCGUUGACUGCAGCUUGUGUCCCCAGCCGCGCCGUCUCGUCUCUGCAUUUUAGUUGCCGGUGCAGCGACCUUGUCUCUCGCCAUCAAGGGCCAAAAGUUUUGUUGCUUGUAUCUACUGCAAGCUCUUGCCUGUUUGAGCAAAGGACAGGUUAUUCCCUCUUGCUUCCUAAUGCGCUAACACGGUCACUGAAAUUUUGGACUCGCUGGAGAAUACAGCACGAUGGGCGCUGCCAUCGGGCGUAAGCAGUUGCGGCAGGUGGCCAUAGACGACAACGCAAAUUAUUUUCUUAUGCCCUUCAGAAGUGCUAAUGCAUAGUGUCAGUAAACAUGACUAUUACUGACUCCAAUACAACGACAACCGCAGAAGAGAACUCUUACUAUACUACUUUUUACACAGGAGAGGUCAUACUUAAUUGUGCGAUUCUUGAUUUAGGUUUUGGGUUUUCCUGCAUCCAUCACUCUGAGGAAACACAAGCUAAUAGACUAAUGAAAAUUUGUUCUCUCUCUCUUUCUAAUCGUUGAGACACGCAGGAGCGCAAAGACAUCGAGUGGAGGGACCGCCCGGACGCUGAAGUCGUAAUAGGAGAUUGCCGAAGUCCGGAAUGGGAGCAAGCUGACUCUAUAGUAUUCUCGAGGCCUGCUGAUUGGACACUGAAUUAUGAAAAUGAAACCAUUCAUGGGCUUUGAUAUCUCCAUAGGCUAGAAGGUUAGUCUUAGUGCUGAUGUUCCUUUCCUCGUCUGUGCGCCUGUGUGAGCACGACGACUGGCUAUAAAUGAUUUUGUUUCCAUGUAGCACACUUUUAUUCUGAAUCUACUUGUACUUACAGCGAUUCGCGAUGUUCUUGAUUCUAAGACGCGCACACAAGACAGGGUCGCUUUUUCUCGAAAGUGUAUCGCUUUAUCGGAACAUGGAAAAUAGACCAGAAUUGCUUGUUUCUCCGAUGGGACGGUCGAGACGGGCAGAUGGAUGUCCUGCGAGCGGACCGUAUCGACAUUGCUUACAGCAACCCGCAGACCAAAAUUUACGAGCGACGACGAAAGAACAUGUAAAUGUAGUGCAUGGAUGUGUUGAGUAAGUUGGACUAGGUUCUUUCCGGUAAAAGUAUACGAAGAUCAUACAAAAGAAAACAAUGUUUGACUUCGUUCUUUUCUUCUGUGGAGGUAAAAACUAAGAAGACGUGUAGUAUUCUGGGCAUUUUGAUCGUUUCCACUACUAUCCUCUUUCUUUCAUACGCUGACGCUGCGCGUGACUGAGCCGGAUGUGGUGCCCUUUUGGUUUACGCCAGACUGUGUCUCAAAGCGUUUUGAACGAAGUGACGAGUCCUUGAAAAAUUUCGAGUGUGGUGUCUGCUAUUUCGAGUUGUGGAAGACCAAGGUAAGGCCAUCUUUAACAAAUAGGGACACUGACUUAGCUUCCACCUUGAAAGUCUUUGUCAAAUGCAGGCCUGAAUCUAAAAGUAAAGUUAUAGCGUAGGAUACGAUAAUCUGUACUCCGAGUCUGUCCAUCUUCUAGGUCUCUACUUGUUGUUUCAAAAAGAAAGGAAGUAGAAGUACCUCCAGCAUGCUGUAUACGAUCAUGAUCUUUUGAUUAAUAGCUCUAAGAGAGGCUGCGGCAAUGCGUCGCUACACUCGCCGCGUAUGCGAGCAUUACGUCCACUACGAAUGCGCAACUCACCUCUUAGAUGAAGCGAGAACGGAACACGGUUAGAAUGCCUAUCUUUAUUGUGGGUCAUGCAUGAGGUAGUGAGUUAAGUUUAGCUAUGAGAAUUUACCAAAUCAAGGAGCAACGAACUGCUUAUUAACUUUGUGUUCGAUGUCUGACCAUCGCAAGGACAGAUUAAUCGUCAUCCACCUGUAGGUCGCAGCGAGGCGGAAUGCCCGGUGUGUGGUGCGCGUUUUAACGAGGUGAAGGAAGUCCCGGAUAUCUUGAAGGACCCUCGCGCGUGGUUUCAAAUUGUAGAUGCGGAUUACGGAGGCGAGCUGAAUCGCGCGGAGGUGCUUAACGGUCUUGGUACAACCUUGCCGAUCGCAAGAGAAAAGCUCGAAAACGCGAUCGAGAACCACUGGCACGAGUGGGACCCGGAUGGUACUCAAGAAAGACAACUGUAGAAGAUCAAGGGGAAGUGAGCAGCUUAACAUAGGUAAACUGGUCGUUGCUGUUGAGAAGUCUUAUUUCGCUUUCCUUUACCUUUUUAGUGAUAAAGUCCGGGAAUUUCGAAGAAAAUGCUAUACCUUCCUUCUAUGAUGCUCACCUCUUGCUCCUUAUCACGAUAUUUCGUAUAAUAAUUCCACCUUUACUUAGUUGAGUUUGCUCCUUUUCUUACACACGGCCAGGUUCCGGCACUAUCACCGCGCGCGAAUUUAUGCUUUCAGGGGUUGGGUUAAAGGAUUACAUCAUUCGGCAUAUCAAAGACCUCGAGGCAAAAGGCAUGGGCGCAGCGGCACUCGCAGACAUUCCCGAUCUGGACACACAUCCAUACGAGUGGUUUGAAUACUGGGAUGCGGAUGGUUCCGGCACUUUGGAGCAGCACGAGUUGGUCUUACGAACAGUUUUUUAUUAUCCUUCUCUUGUGGCGUAUCAAGUAUUUUGAAUGGCGCCAGUAAUCCGUUGGCUUUUCCCCAGUAUUUUUAUAAAGAUAUCUUACUAUUGAAAUUGAUGGCCCGGUCGUUUGGGGUUGGAUGCGAUCUCCAGUAGGGUUAGGCAUGGUGAACCGGUGCCCUUGGUCAUGGCAAGCGUGAUGGCCUAUUGGAGACGCGAGCACUUCCCCUUAAGGUGGACUGAACGCCUUAGAGCUGUCCAAAUUAGUCCCACCGCUCCCGCGCCCCUAUCAUAAGGGUGGCGCCCUUUGCUCUUCUUGCUAUUCCUUGAUGCGUGACGCGAUCAAGGAUCCACGGAUCGACUAAGAGCCCGUGGAUCGAUCAAGGGCCUACGGAUCGACCGAAGGCCCACGGAUCGCCCAAGGAGUCACGGAUCGACCAAAGAACGGGGAAGCUUAUCACCGAAGACAUUCAGCAACAACAGCACGCAGCCAAGAUCAAGAUGAUCAAUCCAAGACUUUUGGAUCAGACACCCACGCCCACCAGAAGAGCGCCAUAAGUAGCGCACUCUAGUGGUAAAAGUGAAGACCUGGAAAAGUAGCCAAGUUACUUGCUGAAGUUAGUGAUGCCGAUGAAUCGACUGGACGGCGUUGAACAAGCAGACCAGCGAACACCUCAAGGGCAGAAAUUCUUUCACUUCACAAGAGUGCGCCAGUUCUGUGGCUGUGCGAGUGUCCAGAUCAAUCAAAACGCCAGGCCUUUUCCGCACGUUGUUGCGUGCUGCGUGGCGCUUGAAAUUGAACCCAGACAACUCGCCCAUCCCUGAAGCUCUAGGCGUGACGCGGUGGGUGUCACGCGUCACGCAACAGCUCUACGGCGUUGCGUAAGUCCCGCCCCCCCCUGGCGCUCUCCCGCCUUUGGGGCCUGGGGGUGGGACACCAAGGGCGGAAGCAUCCCGUCGACGCUUUUGAUUUACUUAAUUAACAUACGUAGGGUUGCGAGUUCGUCUUUCCUGCUUUGCCACUGACAGUUCAUUACGAGAGAUGAGUGUGAGUGCAGCGUCUCUGAUUCUUUCCUUCUUGUCCAACUUGCUCCUCAAGCUCGAAUAUCAUAAUAUCAGGGACCACUUUGGAGCACUUUCUCAACUCACAUAUAUGUUACUAAAUGAUGUCUCUACACGUGCGAUUCAUCCACGACGUUGACCAGGUAGUUGCAUGAUCAUUCUAUUGCUUAAGUUAGAAUACCUACAACGUAGGAAGGCAGGCCGUGCACCGGAACAAGGAUUAGAGAGACUACUACAAACACGUCUAAUGCUGCGGGCGUUCAUUCGUACUUUCUGCGUGACAAAUUGGGGAGAGCCCAUAUUGCGAAGGGCCUUCGAUAUGCGGAAACUAGCCGUCGUUGUCUGGAACGAGUUGGGCUUUCAUCCACUAGACAUUAUGAUGAAGCAAAUUGAACUUCCCAAAUCGGAACGCUAUUUCUCUAAUAGGUAAUUUCGUGUGGUAAGGUAAAGGUCAUCUUGGUUCAAGUUCAACAACAAGAACAGCCCACACGACUAGAUGAUAGAUAUUUGCCGACCGGGAAAUUGGCUUACAAAACUGAUGUCACAUGCUCUAAUGUCGGCAUCGAUUUCGAAACGUUUCUCGAACCCGACGGACUGGCGGAUACCUUUAUUCACAAUCAGAUUCACUUAAACGCUUUCGGCAGCGGCAGCGCAGGCUUCUAAGUCUAACUACUAUUCUUGACUAUUGGGGGUGGGUAGUGAAUAUCAAUGCUGGAUGAUGUACAUCAUUUUCGUUACUGUCGGUGUCGAUGAUGUAGACAUGGGCCUGAGAGGACCUAGUAGAACUAGGAAAAUAAGCAGAGGAGAUCCAGGAGAGUCGUAGGUCCAAUCCGAAUCGACUAACGUCUUCGCGAGUGUCUACUAAUGCAUCCAGGACUAGCACGAAAAAAGUAGGACGAACGGCAAUCUAAAACUACGUUCUUACUCUACAGUCCGUAGCCAUUUUGGCUCAAGGAAUAUAUAGUACUCUCACAGGCUUUUGUAUAAAUGCGAGGUUGUGCUGCAAAUCUUGAUUGGCUUUUGCCCGUAAAACGGCGAAGGUUUAGGUCCAGCGACGCUCAAAGCACUAAAUAAAAUAACCGGUUAGUUUUUACCUCUCAACCUUAGGCUUAUCCCAUGAUGCAACAUAUUCGAAGAACACGCCUUGAGUUGUAGUCAUGAUUUUAUACUAUGUAUCAUGACCUCCAUGAGAAUGAGUACUUGAUGAUGGAACACAAUAAUGUGAAUGAAACCGAGACAGAAUCCAGAGUCUUGGGGCAAACAUCUCGCGGCAAGAUACCGACGUAGAAGUAGAUCCACGAAUUAAACAAUUUAUUCUUACUAUUUUUUCAGUUCUUCCGUAUCGUCCUUACCCAUAAUUUACUAUCACUAUCAUGGACAGUUUUUACAUCUUCACCUACUGCUACAAUCAUUACCAGAUUUCUAAUACGAUCAUUCACUAGCAUGACGAAUUUAUUGAUUCAUUAUAUAUAAGUUCAUGCCACCGACUAUCCACUGUAAUCAACAUUCACUUAGAGCUCUCACGAUAUCAACAACACAAUCCUGUAUCUACUAGUUGGCUCCGUUCGUGGGAACAAAUACAAGCCAAAAUCUAGGGUGAAUAUCGAUUAUAGACCUUUGGAAAACUAGAGUAAAUCGAGAUACACAUUGAGCACUUGCGCAUGGAGUUGGGCGAAAUCUUGUCAUGAAAUCAAUGGCGAUAGAAGCCAUCAUCUUUGAGUAUCCUUAUGUAGAAGCAAAUGAGGGGACAUCGACUAAAUAGAGGUCAUGAUUGAAGCAGUGUUGAGUGGUGCUGUCAUGAAUAGGAGGAGUCUGGUUUUGGAACUACGCAGGUAUUCGCAUUUUAAUAUCUUCUGCAUUCUACAUUGCACCGACGUGCUAUACCAGUAGGUGCAAUAUCUAUUUUUGCUCCCGAAGUUAUGAUUAUCAAUCGCUUUGAAUGGGGAUGCACUUAUGAAAUAAUGCCAUAUUGACGAUGAAGAGUACAACCAUUAGCGAUUGUAAGCCUGAGUCUUGCUCUUCCUGUCGCAAGCGAAUGUUGGGGGUGAGUGCUGCUCGCUGAAAGAAAUAUGGAUGAUGUGAACUUUUUCUUGUGUUGUUCCAUGAUGCCAAGCAGUAUCUGCUUGAUCGCAUAAGUCAGACCACACCAGGAAAAAUUGGUCAUAAUAGAAAUUGUUGUUUUGGAGAAAGAUGAAUGCAUAACUGUUGAAGGUGACGAGUGACUGUUUUGCAACGAGCGACCGUUUGUUCAUCUGGCAGGAUCUAGUACAAAGUUGUUCCCAAGGACGAUCUUGUUCUAGAAUGCGAUACACUGAUCCUGAUGUGCUCCCAGCACCAAGUGCAAGGUGUGCUGGUGGGG